AGCUAGAGAGCCGCCGCUGCGGCGCUGCCCCGCCGACCCCGCAAUGGGUCACUUCCCUCGGUCCAAGGCAGAGCCCAUUGUUGACAGUUCCCAGCUCCUCACGCGCCCUGCGCCCGCAGAGACAACUGGUUACAAAGUGUUUAUCAUCCCCCAAGCUGACCGCGUCCAAAGGCUCUUUGCCUUGGUCCACAUUGCGGUCGCAAGCGUUUCCCCUGCAAAGCACUUCCGUCCGUCUGGCGCGCCUGGCUGCCACAGCUCCGGCCCUCCGGCCCAUUCUGGUUCCGCGGCUGGGCCUCAUUGCGUCUGCAGCCAAGCAACGUCAUCGAUAGCGGUCAAUACACUCUGCAGACGGCGGGGCAACCCCGACCCGCGGCAGUGAAACAGCCAGCUGUCAACGCCGGCGGCCGACCCAUCGCGACGCGGGCCGCUUGACGGGUCUGGGCUUACUUGCCUUGACAGCGCCGGAUUUCGGCAACCUCGGCGAGCCCUCGGUUCGGAGCCUUGCUCAGCAAGCUUGCUGUCGAACGUGCCCGGCGUGCACCAAGCCGACCCCUACACGGCCUAACUACACUUGCGUGCGUGCGCGCUCAUCCGCGCGCAACUCAGACCUGCGCAGGCGUCCUGGGACGUAAUAAACACUGCGCCGGCGGUCUGUCAGGAGCGCCGUCGGAGACACCAGCUAGCGGCAGCAGCAUCAGCGAACGGAAGCGCCAGCAGCAGUUUCAGCAGCCACGGCGGCACCUCGGGAGCGGACGCUGCCGCCGCCGCAGCAGCAGCAGCAGCAGCGACGGCGGGGCAUGGGCGCUCAGCGUGCGUUGCGCGGGUUGGCGUGCCUAUGCGUGGGUGCGCCGCCGCGGAGCGCGCACCUCAGCGACAACGAAUCACCACGCGCCGCGUGGGCGGCGGCGGGCGGCAGGCGCAGCGGCAGCAGCCGGGCACGUGACGCAUUCCGGUCCGCACCGCACACGCCGAACGAUGAUGACAGCCCCGAAGACGGUCACCGGCAACAUCACCACCAGCUCCAGCCGCAGGCAGCAGCCGCUGUCAGCGGUGGCGGCAAAGCUGCAACCAAACCGCUUCGAUCGCUCUGGUCGGCGCGCGGGGCGGCUAGGUAUGCAACGGCGGCGGCUGCAGUGAAGCUCCGCAGCAAGCGCGACCGGCGCAGCAGCAGCGCCAGCAGCGGCGGUGACGAUGAGGAGUUGAGCACGUGUGCGCUGCCGGGGACGCAGCAGCGCCAGCCGCAGCAGACACAGGUGCAAGCGCAGCGGCGUUGCGCGACCGCCGUUGCCGCGGCGAAACAGCCGACGGACGCAGCCGCGCUCAAGGCUGCCGCUGACGGCGGAGGCAUUAUGGACUCAGGCAAGUCGGGAGACGACUCGUGUUCGCUGCCAGCAACGGAGGUGGUGUUUGGUCUGGCGUGCCGGGCGUCCGUCAGCGGCCGGCAGCGGCUCGGCGGCGACAGUGUGGCCAGUGCGAGCGGCGUCGGCGGCGGCGGCGUGGCAAGGGCACCGGCGCCCCAGGCGGCGGCAGCUGCAGAGCGCGUUGCAAGUGCGGACGCGCCGGCUGCAUGUGGCACGGAGCUUGCGGGAAGGGCCGUGGUCGGGCAGCAGUCCAUCCUGCGCCCCAUGGCAUCUGCGCCGCUGCCCAAGGGCUCGUUCUCGGGCUUGCGCAACAGGCUGCCUCCAAGCGUUAGCAUGCCUGCCCGCCUGCACUCGGGCGCCUCGGCCCGCACUCCGCCCGCAGCCCCGUCCGCCGCCCGGCUCCUCACCAACCGCCAUGCCCAGCAGCAACCGCAACCGCCACGGGGCACGCUGCAGGCCAGCGGCGCCGCUGCCGGCAGCUCCGCCCUGGUCAACCGCUGCACCUCGUUAACCGCCUCGGAGCGCUCUUAUGGCAGUAGCCUGCUGUCAGCGGCCUUCGAGCGGCACGACAACCGCAGGGCCUUCACUACCGACAGCGCCCACGUGGACAGCGCCAGCUCGCAGUCCGGCUACAGCUCUCUUGCCGGCGCCGCUGCCGCCACCAGCAGUAGCAGCCGUGGCGGCGGCGCCGGGUCGGUGCUGCCAUCCAUGAGCUCGUCAGGCUCCGCCUCCGCCUCCGCCUCCUCGCCCUCCUCCCGCGCUGCCGCGCAGGCGACCAUCAGCGACGGGGUGUCACCGGCGGCGGUUACGCAGCCGCCGCAGCAUUCGAGUGACAAGAAGCAAAAGAAGCAGAAAAAGCACGAGCUUGAGCAGCAGUAUGUGGUGCCUGCGGAUGGGUCAGAGGCGCAGGCGCUUGCGGUGGCACGCGGCUUCAGUGAGGCGUUCCUGCGCGCCCUCGCAACUGGCGACGUCAGGUGGGGCUCCGACCCGCGUGUGAGCGGGCUGUUCACGGAGGGGGCGCGCAUGCUCACACACGACGGCCAGCUGUUCGUGGGCCGGACCGCCAUCAUCCGCCGCCUCAACGCGGGCAUGGAGCAGCUCCACCGCAUGCUGGGGGCGCUACCCGUGUCCUCGCCCGCACCCUCAGCCUCAGCCGCCUCACCCGCCCCGCCGGCCGGCGACAACAGCGGCGACGUCGGGGCUGCGGAGGCGCCGCCGGCGGUGUCAGGUGGAGGCGACGCCGGCGGCGCAACGCCUCAGGCGGCUGCUGAGCGGGCGGCAUCUGCGCCGGCGGCUAUGGCGGCCCCGGUCAACGUGGGCCAGCUGCAAAGCCUGGCAGCCAAGACGCACCACACCCUGGACAUCGCCAUCGUGCCGCGUGACGCCGGUGAUGGCAGUAGCAGCAUCAGCUCCAGGCGCGGCCUGUUUGCGCGCCUAUUUAGCAUCGGCAGUAGCAGCGGAAGCGGCAGCGGCGGCGGCGGCAAGCGGGGUGCUGGCCAGGCCGGCAAGGCACGCGGCGACGGUGGCGGGUGUGGCAGUGGUGCCGGCUCGACGGUGCGGGUGCGGGCGACGUACGAGUUCCGGUUCGGACUGAGGCGCUUCCGGCUGCAGGACCACUACGCGGUGCGCGGCGGAUCCAUCGUGCGCCUCAAGCGCACACGCGGGUGAGGGCAGCUGCAAGGAAGGUGGCAGGCAUGACUGGACCAAGUGUGAGGAGCAAACGGACCGUGUUCGCGGCGUGUCGGGUCAAGUCUCUAUAACUUUCCUCCAUUGCUGAAAGCGCAUAAGUGCUCAGGCGGGACUGCUGUGGAUCUGAUUAUGCUUGAAUUCGGAAAGGCGCAGACGGUUGGCUCGGGAGAGAGGCAAGCACCGCAGUUGAGACCACGAUCGGCUGGGGGCGACAGGUGGGGUGCAACUGACACACUAGUACACGCAACGCAUGCUGUGCUGGCUAAUUGCGGUAACGGUGCCACAAGGACGCACUGCUGUCGUCUGACGUGUGAAUUGUUGCUAAUUGGGUAUGUGUUUGUUGCUGAGGGCGUGACUCCACAGUUGCUGGAAGACUUAUUGUAUCAAGCUCUGACUCGUUGAGCCUGCUGGCAUUGCGCGCCAGUGAACAGUUGUUGCUGUUGAUCUUCUCCUACUCGUAUAAGGAAAGCCGCCAGGGGAACGCAUGGGACUGACAUGAGCCGCUGCCAUGAAGGCGCGCCCGCCACUGGAUACGUGACGAGAGGACGCUGCACACCUACCAACCGUGAACGUGACUUCGUAGCCCGACCCGGAACCCGGUUUUUCCCUAUACAAUGGUGCGUGUUAGUGUGUCUUUCUUUCCGAAUGCAUAUUCUUCUUUUCAACUACCCGAGGGGCCGAGGGAGAUGUAGCACUGCACGGGCCACCGUAGCCUCAUAGUGUGAAGGGGGCGAGGGAUCGACACUCAUGUGUGUGUGUGUCGUGUAGCAAGCGCUCCCGUCUGGUUUUUGCAUUGGUAUUGACUAGAGGCAGUGGAAGUAGGCUACGUGG